GGGGCUCCCAGUUCAGCCCCAGGAGGCGCCCGUGCAGCCUGAUCGAUCCGUUUAGGUUGAGACUAUUGAUCGCAGCGACCCGCUUCCCACGGGAGACGCCAGGGGGCCGCGCUGCGCUCCGGGAGCGGCUGAGCCGGUGCGCGCAGUUUGGUGCGGGCUCUUGCGGAAGCGCUGGAGAAGAGGACAACAUGCCGCAGACACCUCCCUUUGUCGCAAUGUUUGACAGCAACGGUUACAACCGAAACUUGUACCAGUCGAAAGAGGACGAAGGCCUGUAUUACCAUGACAACAACUUGCUGUCGGGAUCCUUGGAAGCCCUCAUCCAGCACUUGGUGCCCACGGUCGACUAUUACCCUGAUAGAACCUAUAUUUUCACCUUCCUGCUCAGCUCCCGGCUCUUCGUGCAUCCUUACGAGUUGAUGGCCAAAGUUUGCCAGCUGUGUAUCGAGCAGCAGAGGCUGAUGGAGCCGGUGGCGGAUAAAAGCCGGCUACGCAAAAUCGCCCCCAAAAUUCUGCAGUUGUUAACGGAGUGGACGGAGACGUUCCCGUAUGAUUUUCGAGAUGAGCGAAUGAUGAGGAAUUUAAAAGAGCUGGCCCAUCGGAUAGCCAGUGGAGAUGAGAUGUACCGGAAAAACGUCCAGCAGGUCACGCAGAGUCUCAUUCGGAAGCUGGCCUCGCUCAGCCAAUACGAAGAAGUCCUCGCAAAGAUCAACGCCAGCUCGACAGACAGACUGACGGUGCUGAAGACCAAGCCGCAGGCCAUCCAGCGAGACAUCAUCACCAUCUGCAGCGACCCUUACAUGGUGGCCCAGCAGCUGACCCACAUAGAGCUGGAGAGACUCACUUACAUUGGACCGCAAGAAUUCGUGCAGGCGUUUGUGCAGAAGGAUCCCCUGGAUAACGAUAAGAACUGCUACAGUGAUCGGAAGAAGACUCGGAACCUGGAAGCCUACGUGGAAUGGUUCAAUAGACUGAGCUACUUGGUGGCCACAGAAAUAUGCAUGCCUGUCAAGAAGAAACACAGAGCGAGGAUGAUAGAGUUUUUCAUCGACGUGGCCCGGGAGUGUUUCAACAUUGGCAACUUCAAUUCUUUAAUGGCCAUCAUUUCGGGAAUGAACAUGAGUCCUGUCUCUCGAUUGAAGAAAACCUGGUCGAAAGUCAAGACAGCCAAGUUUGACAUCCUUGAGCAUCAAAUGGAUCCUUCCAGCAAUUUCUACAAUUCUAAUCGCACCGAAGCUCUCCUCUGGGAGGCCAGAAAUCUACUGGUGGUCCCCUGCAGGCCCUGCGGUGAUACUGACUGGCUGGCCUCCCACCCACGGGGCCAGGAGCGCUUCACGGCCCUGGCCCCAGGCAUCCCUCAGUGGAAUGAGACGACUCUCCCCUCCAAGCCUGUCCGGACGCCUUCCAUGGGGACCUUACAGGGAGUUCCGCAAGUUGGUCCACCGUCAGUGAAUGCCUCUCAGCCCUUCGACCAGGUAGUUGCGCAAAGGUGGUUUCAUGAUCAAGGCUUCAGACCUGGGCCGCAUUUCUAUAUUCGCUGGUUUUUCUCUGACAAUGGGAUCGUGAUCCCUUUCUUCAGCCUGCUAAUCAAGGACAUUUACUUCCUCAACGAAGGCUGCGCCAACCGUCUUCCCAAUGGCCAUGUCAACUUCGAGAAAUUUUGGGAACUGGCUAAACAAGUGAGUGAAUUCAUGACAUGGAAGCAAGUGGAGUGCCCUUUUGAGAGAGACCGGAAAAUCCUUCAAUACCUGCUCACCGUUCCAGUCUUCAGUGAAGAUGCCCUGUACUUGGCUUCCUACGAGAGCGAAGGGCCCGAGAAUCACAUUGAGAAGGACAGAUGGAAGACUCUGAGGUCAACCCUUCUGGGAAGGGUUUAACUCAUGACUGGCUUUUGGCUCCCGCUGCUGCUGUUACAGGGAUUAUUACGAAGGACGAUUAUAAACGUCCCUUAUUUAUUUCCCUCCCUCUCCCUUCUUUGAAAGCGAGCGACUUUGUCAGUUAUGAAGACUGCGCAGCUGGGUUGGACACGUCAAGAGGAACAAAGAGACCGGCUUCUCAAACCUGACAGAACACCAGAUUUCGCAAGGGUUUUUUUUUUGGUUAUGACUGAUGGAUCAAAGACGGCAACAGGGAGACCCUUUUGAAGAUCUGACUUGCCCUUUUUUUCUGAGCCCUUUCGAAACACCUGGAUGAAUUUCCCUGCCCUUGCCUCGUUUCGCUUUUGAUGUCUUACAGCCUGUUGCGACUUGCAUUUCCCAGUUCAAACGCUGGAUUCUUUAAUGAAAUUUCACUUCUGUGCUUCGAACUCCUAAACUCUGUCCUGUGUCCUGCGAGAAACACAAAGGAAAAAUCCUUUGCUGAACCAAUCUAGAAACUUUACUUUCCCUCUUCAGAAAAAAAAGGCUCGUAACUGAUUGAAACGGACUUCUGAGAUUUUUUUUCCUCAUCUAUUUAUCGUGGAAAGGGGAUUAAUUAUUAUUAUUACGAUAUUCUUUUGGAAACUUUUUUUGUUAUUGUUGUUUUGGUUGGAGUGAGCUGCUGGUUGGCAAACUCAUCUUGUCUGUUAUUUAAAAACGUCAAAGGAAAAGCAGACACUUGAAAGAAACAUAACAAACUGUAGCUAGAUUUGUGUAGAAAAGUACCCCCCUCCUUUCAGAGAAUUUGUUUAUUUUAGGGUAUGUCUGUACUGCAGACUUAUUCUGGUAUGAAAUCAGUUUAACUUACAGGCUUGCUUUUAAAAAAAACUUUAGAACUGUUGUGCAAAAACAGAGAUCACUGUGGACACCAUGAUGCCCACUUGUCACGUUUCCUGGCCGCUGCCCUGUGUCUUUUAAAAGUAGGUUGAGCCAGGUGGGGUUUUGCCCAGCAAGGUUUCUGAAUGGCUGUGUAGAUUGUUAAAAACAUUGCUUCAACAGCAGCUGCCACUAUAGCACAAGGAUCUUCACUGUGUGGCUGAAGGGAAGCUGUGGCAGCCAUUUUUGUGGUUGGCGCCACCUCUUUUGGCAGCCAUUUUGUACCGGCUCCCACCGUGCUGUGUCAGAAUUCCAAAGGUGUCCACAGGCUCAAAAUGGUUGGAGACCACUGUGCUAAAACAUUAAGGAGACACCUAGCUAGGCUUGCAGGACUCUGCGAACUGUAGUUACAUGGGGAAAACUAGGUGUCUUCCUAAUUCCCCACCACAACUAGAGUUCCCGGACCCUCUUUUGUGAGGAGCGACAGCCAUUAAAAAACUUUGAAAUGGGUGUAUGGACAUGACCCCAAAUGUCCUUACUUCUCCGUAUCUUUCCCCCCCUCUCCUCUCUCUUGGCAUCAUAGGCUGAGCAAUUUGACUUCUUUCUCGACUUGAGAAAACACAGCUCAGAUAUAAAUUCUGUUCUAGUUCAAAACUAUGUUUGGAGGUAGUGGCUGCAGCGUACCUGGUUCCCGAAAGUUCACCGAAACACGUGAAGCGUUUGAGAUUACCCAGGGUUCCUCUCCCACGGCAGCCAGGAAUCAGAACAACUUCCCUCCUUCCUUCCAUCUGUGUCUUGCUUCAUUGGUUUAUGAGUAUUGUUUUCACUAUGGAAAGAAGUCACUCAGUUACACAUCUUCUGAAAUUUGUAGUAGCUCUGAAUGCUUAGCCCCUACUGUAUUGUAUGAAAUUUGAGCAAAUUAAAGAGCCCCUCUAGCCACCGUGGACAGGCCAUGCUCUAAGCAAUGGGGCAUGCAUGUAAUAGGUGUGACUGUUCAAAACGGGGAAAAAAUAAAAUAUGCCCAUCUUUUUGGCCUUUAUCCCUGUGGGUUUGAAAAGAAA